UAGUAAGAAAGGUCCCUGCUUUUUAUUAAUUUCUUCAUUCAAAAUUUAUAGGCUGUCUAAUGACUGUCUGCGUGUGUCAAGUGUGGUGGCCCUAUGGGCUUAUGUGGUGAUGUGCGCGUGUUUGUUGUUUUUUUUGGGAAAUUAAAGAUUACUGUGCCUCAUUAAUCCCCAUUAACCAUCUCCCAAUUUUGUUCACCACACCACAGCACCCACCAGUUUCAUUUCCAUCUCAUCUCAUUUCAUUUCACAGCCAUUUCUUGUUUUUUACCUCUCUCUAACUCUUUCUUUCUCUAUUUUUCUGUAUGAGGUCAUGACUUGUAGAUCUAUAGCUUCAUCUGCUGUUCUAUGGCUGAGUUUUAAUGCUUGCAGAUUUUCUGAACCCGAGGCCUCGGAUAUCCAUUCUCUAAAUACACAGACAACAGUUGAAUAAAAAGUCACAACUUUAGCCCUAAUGAAAGGGCACAAAAAUUUCGUCACUACCCUUACCGAUAACUUGAGCUUCGAGCAUGGCUCCACAUCAAACGAGCCUGUUACAGACUCCCAAAUAUCUUGGACUGAUAUGCAGACAUCUCCCCAUAAUGACUACAGAACAUCAACAAACGAAGCAAAUUGUCUGCUAAACGUCGAGUGGAGCUUAGGCGAAACUAGUUCCACCACUACACACACUCAAGGUGAAAAUAAUGAAAGAAAACGAGGACACGCAUGGUCUCAUUGUCAGACGUCGAAUAUUCUUCCUCCCGAUAGUAAUAUCGAUCUCAACUCAAAUACCACUCAGCCUCGAGACCUCAACAUGCAGGCUGAGUCUGAGGACCCCGAGCACGACAGCUGUCAUAUUAUCGGAAAUUCCUCCGAUUUGCCUUCUGUGGCAGGGGAGGACGGCCGCCGCACGUCGGGCAAGAGAAAAUCACUCGAGGUGAAUGGCGGGCAGUCAUCUGGGUCAGGUAGCUCAACAAGGCCCAUGGAAAACGGGUCAGGGCCCGAACAGAUAAACUCAAGACUGAGGCCCGAAUCAUUUUCUCGGAGGAAUUUGCGCUUGAGGAUAAACGGGUCACAGUCACGCCCAUUGGAAGAGAAUCAUUCUCUUCAUAAUCAUUUGCUCGACCUUAACCCUCCUCCGCCCAUUGCCGAAAACAAUGAGCAGACGGGACUUUUGAGGAAUCCUAUGCUUUAUGAGGAACUCGCGCCUCGAAAUGUGGCGAGAAGAACCAUUUCCGAACAUCCCGAGAUAGGAUCUACUUCUCGCGUGGGACCCAUUUCUGGUGUUAGCUCAUCAAGGCCACAGUAUUCUCGUAGGCUAUCGGAAAUUGUUCGGAGGUCAUUGUUAACGUCUGCGGGUAUUGAGUCGUCUGGAAGUGGUCAGAGUAGCAGACAGUUAGGCCCGUCACAGAUUUCGUCCGGGCCCGGUGUUCAUGGUCGGCAUUUGUCGGGCUUGAGGGCAGGAUUGUCCGAGAGGCAGAAUUUGGAUGGUGGUGCUCUUGGACUGCCCCACUCGUUGAGAACUUUGGCUGCCGGUGGUGAAGGAAGAACGAGUUUAAUGUCCGAGAUUCGCCAUGUCUUGGAUCUCAUGCAAAGGGGGGAGGGAUUGAGAUUUGAGGACGUGAUGGUUCUUGAUCAAUCGCUCUUUUUCGGGAUGAGUGAUAUACACGACCGUCAUCGUGACAUGCGACUCGAUAUAGAUAACAUGUCUUAUGAGGAGUUAUUGGCUCUUGGGGAGCGAAUUGGAAAUGUGUCGACUGGAAUAAAUGAGGAAACCAUAAUGAGUUGUUUGAAGCAAACAACAAAUGUAAACCGUGCUGAAGAUCAGACGGAGACCGAGCCUUGUAGUAUUUGCAGAGAGGAAUACGUUGAUGGGGAAGAUCUCGGGACCCUUGACUGUGGCCAUGAAUUUCAUAAGGACUGUAUCAAACAAUGGCUUCUUCACAAAAAUUUGUGUCCGAUUUGUAAAACGACGGGGCUCACUAAAUAAAAUGGUGGCCACCAAAAAAUGACCAUUUUUCUUUGGCAAACUAUGCUCACAUCACAUGGUUGCGAGAUUUGGUGUUGUUUUUCAAUUGUUACAUUAUAACUUACUUCCUGAGGUUUGAUGGCAUUCUCCUGUGGAGAAUGUAUUGCAUACAUGGGAUUCUCCUGUGGAGAAAUUUAUGUCUUUCAGAUGAGAAGGUUGAUACUCAGGCUACAGUUCGCAUUAGUGCUAUGUUUUAUUUGAA